AUGUCAGCGACCUUCCCCGGACUUGUCCACGACGCAGAGAUACGUCACGACGGAUCAAACAGCUACCGGCUCAUGCAGCUCGGCUGCCUGGAGUCCGUGGCCAACUCCUCGGUCGCCUACUCCUCCUCCUCCCCGCUCACCUACCCGGCGCCGGCGGGGACGGAGUUCGCCUCGCCCUAUUUCUCGGCCAACCACCAGUACACGCCCCUCCACCACCAGUCCUUCCACUACGAGUUCCAGCACUCCCACCCGGCCGUGGCCCCGGAGGCCUACGGGCUGAACUCGCUGCACUCGGGCCAGUACUACCAGCAGAUCCACCACGGAGAGCCCGCAGACUUCAUCAACCUGCACAACGCGCGCUCGGCCCUCAAGUCCUCGUGCCUGGACGAGCAGCAGCGGCGCGAGCUGGGCUGCCUCGACGCUUACCGGCGCCAUGACCUGUCGCUGAUGACGUCACACGGCUCCCAGGCCUACGGCGUCGGCAUGCACCACCCGGACCAGAGGCUGCUGCCCGCCGCCGGCCUGGGCCUCCCUCCGCCCGCAGCAGACGACCUGCAGGGCUCCGUGGAAGCGCAGUGUGGGCUCGUGCUGAACGGCCAAGGGGGCGUCAUCCGGAGAGGGGGGACAUGUGUGGUGAAUCCCACAGAUCUGUUCUGCUCGGUACCGGGCCGGCUGUCACUGCUCAGCUCCACUUCCAAGUACAAAGUCACCAUCGCCGAGGUGAAAAGAAGACUGUCCCCGCCAGAGUGCCUCAACGCCUCCUUACUGGGCGGCAUAUUGCGCAGAGCGAAGUCUAAGAACGGGGGCCGGUGUCUUCGGGAGAAAUUAGACCGUCUAGGCCUCAACCUGCCGGCAGGACGGAGGAAAGCUGCCAACGUCACACUGCUCACCUCCCUGGUGGAAGGUGAGGCGCUCCACCUGGCGAGGGACUUUGGCUACACCUGUGAGACAGAGUUUCCCAGCAAGGCAGUGGGGGAGCAUUUGGCGAGGCAGCACAGUGAGCCGAAAGAAACCAGCGCACGCAAGAAAAUGGUUCUGGCUACCAAGCAAAUCUGUAAGGAGUUCCAGGACUUAUUGAGCCAAGAUCGCUCUCCUCUGGGCUCCUCCAGACCAACCCCCAUCCUGGACUUGGACAUCCAGAGACACCUCACACACUUCAGUCUGAUCACUCACGGGUUCGGCACGCCGGCGGUCUGUGCAGCUCUCAGCACCUUCCAGACGGUCCUAAGCGAGAUGCUCAACUACCUGGACAAAAACUCGAGCGGGAAAACAAGCGGACCCACCGACCAACAGAUCAACAACAGCUCGGAAAAGACGCAGCUCCGGAAAACAGCCGAGCCCCAGAGCAAAGAUGGGAAAACAGAAAAGACUGAGUAG